CAGAACUAGCUAGUAACAGAUACAAUUAGAUGGAGACUCCUAAAUAAGCAGAGAGGUAAAACAAACAUAAAGUAACCUUGUAUUGGCAAUUAGUCACAAAUAACUAUAUAUGAACGGUUAGUUAUUUUGUGCAGUGGAUUUAACCAUUGACCAAAUAAAACAAAACAAAAUAAUUAACCGCACGCUCGACUAUGUUUAGCAGAGUAUCUACAAAACGCGUUUGUUUAUAAAAAGAUAACAUCAAGUUUUCUGUUUAAUUUGUAAGUUUUCUGGACACUGUAAAAUAUUUUCUCUCGAUUUUCUUCUUUGCCCGCAAGAAGAAAAAAAUGGAUUCAUUUAACGUUACCUUUUGGAACGAGGUAACGUCGCGUGGAUAUUGUUUUAGUGACGAUGGGACCAAGUUCUGCGAGAAACUACCCAUUGUUGUGAGCUCUUCUGGCGUGUGGGAGAAGUACCUACUACCAAGUGGAACAGGGCUGCUGAUAUGGGACUAUGAUCUUCCCCGACUCGAGGCUGUAAUCUUCCUAGUACUCUGCUUAUGGAAUUUUAUUUAUUUCUUGCUAAAGAAGAUACGUCUCCCGGUUCCAAGAAUCACCUCUAUGAUGCUUGCCGGGGCAGCCUUGAGCCAGACGAGUCUUUUGCCUAAUGACUGGUUGGUCCAACGCAUAUUUUUCCCGGAUGAUCUUAGACCAAAAGUCCCCGACACGGUUGGUGCGUUUGCCUUUGUCUUUUAUUGGUUCCUUGAAGGUGUUAAAAUGGAUGUUGGAAUGAUUAAGAGGACAGGUUCGAAAGCGGUUUUCACCGGAAUCGUCACUGUUCUUUUCCCUAUCUUCACGGCUAACAUUGUGUUCGGGUCGCUGAGAGAAACUGGUGGUAAGAACUUGACAGGAGUUGAGUACAGGACAAUAAUUUUCAUGCAGAGCAUCUCGGCUUUUACUGGUAUCUCAAGGCUAAUAAGGGAUCUAGAGAUUGACCACUCAGAGUUCGGAAGGAUCGUUCUCUCGACAGCCAUGGUGGCUGAUGCAACUGGCGUUGGUAUUAACGUAGUUGCCCUAUUUGCCUGGUCGGACUGGAGGGUCUCCGCCAUGCAAGGCGUAGGAGUUGUUGGAUUUGUUAUAGUGCUGGUUUGGAUAUUUAGACCGUUGAUGUUGUUGGUUGUCAGACGCACACCGGAAGAGAGACCGGUUAAGGAAUAUGUUAUCUACAUAAUCAUCAUUUUAUCUUUCUUUUCUUUUGAGUAUUUGAAGAUGCUUCACUUUUUUCCUGCUAUUGGGCCUUUCCUUUUGGGGUUGUGUGUGCCUCACGGUCCUCCUCUAGGGUCUGCAUUGGUACAAAAGUUUGAAAGCUUUAACACUGGGAUCCUCUUGCCACUUUUCUUGUUCUUCCCAAUGCUUCAAAUCGAUGGACCUUGGUUGGUUGAAGAGGUCCAGAAGCUAAGGCAUUAUGAUGGUCAGAUGUAUGAAGCCUUGAACAUCAUCGUCGUCGUCUCGGCCUCCAAGAUGUUCUUCACAACUAUUCCUCCACUGCUAGCUAAAAUGCCUUUGACUGACUCUUUCGUUAUGUCACUCAUUCUCAGCAACAAAGGGUUCGUUGAGAUGUGUUAUUUUAUGUACGCCGUUGAAAAAAAAACUCUUCAAGUGAAGUCGUUCACGACAUUGGCUCUAAUGAUUCUAUUCAGCUCUACGGUAUUACCAGUGGUGAUACAUUACCUAUACGAUGGGUCGAGCCGUUUCAUAUGUUUCCAGAAGAGGAAUCUAAUGAGCUUGAAGCUUGGAUCAGAGAUGAAAUUUCUAACGUGCAUUCACAAAUCAGACCACAUCUCAGGGGUGAUAAAUUUUCUAGAACAAGCUUUCCCUCUAGAAGAUUCCUUGCUUACUUGCAACGUGCUUAAUCUCAUCGAGCUUGUUGGUUUGGACAAUCCACUCUUCAUCUCCCACCAAAUUCAAAAGGCUGAGCCGGGAGGCCGGUCAUAUUCCACCAACGUUCUCAUCGCUUUUGACGAGUUCAAACAUUUCUGGAAAUCUAUAACGGUGGAAUUGUUCACAUCCAUCUCAAACCCUAAGUACAUGCACCAAGAGAUUUACUCGCUUGCUCUCGACAAACAAGUUUCUUUUAUUAUGCUCCCUUUCCACAAAAUAUGGUCACUCGACCAUACAACUGUGGUCUCAGACGACGUGAUGCGUAGGAACGUUAACAUCAAUGUCUUGAGUCAAGCGCCUUGCUCUGUGGGGGUCUUAGUCCAUCGCCAAAAGAUGGUAUCUGCGCAAAAGCGCGAACCCAUUUUUAAGGUAUGCGCAAUUUUUGUGGGCGGGAAAGACGACAGAGAAGCCUUGGCAAUGGGGAAGCACAUGAUGAGGAACCAGAAAGUGAGACUAACCGUGUUGAAGCUAGUCCCAGGGACAGUGGUCGGUAUGACCACAGGGUGGGAUCAGAUGCUGGACACAGCAGAGCUUAAGGAGACGUUGAGGAACAGCAUUACACCUUCGGAAGGAGAACAUAACUUUGUGGAAUAUUUGGAGGAGACAGUUGACGACGGUUCCGACACAUCAAGGAUCCUUCUCUCAAUCGCUAGUGCUUUUGAUUUAUUCGUGGUGGGUAGGAGCUCAGGAAUGGGGACCGAUGUAACAAGAGCAUUGAGUGAAUGGACGGAGUUCGAUGAGUUAGGUGUGAUCGGAGAUUUGUUGGUGGCAUCAGAUUUUCCCCAAAGAGGGUCGGUAUUGGUGGUGCAACAACAACAGAAUGUAGCUUGUAGAUAAUUGUAUUACAUUUAUAAGAAGAUACCAAAACAGAAAUACACUUCUCAUAUACAUGAUACAUGAUACAUUUAUAGCCACAAAAUUCCAAAGUAAAGGAAAAUUAAGUGACAAUUCGUCUGCCUCGU